CUGCUCUGUUCCCCCUCACUUUCACAUGACGCCAUUUAGGCUACAGCAUAAACCCAACUUCUCCUCCGGAAAGAGGGAAAAACAAGACUAGAAAAACUUGUAAGCACCUCAGCGUGCAACACUGCCAAAUAUUCAACCAUUAGAGUGCGUUUUUAAUUUUUUUGGUAGAAGUGUCCAGUUUAUUUUGGAGUGCAACAAAGUCGAAAGCCGUGUUUGUAAACUCGACAGUAUCGCGUGCGGAGUUUGUUCACUUGAUUUCAUUUUUUUAAGUGGAGAACCAGCAAUCAAGCCCUUAGUGAUCAAUUCGGUUUUGGCAGUCUUUCGCCUCGUGUUACUCGGAAUGGAAUAUAUGUUUUUUGGUCUUUUAAAAUAGCCGUGGAUCUGGAAAUAUUGUUUUUCGUUAAUAUAUCAUUGUGUCGGAUUAUGUGGGUGGUUUUCCAGAUGAAUUUACGUAGGAAUCGACUUUCUGCAUUUGGAGUUUAUUACCACCAACGGGGGCCGAAGUGGUGAAAACACGGACUUCAGAUGUGUUCAAUGCCAGACGGUGGGGUUCUUCUUCAGAGUCACGAUGGAGAACGGAACUCAAAAUGCGAGCAGCAGCGAUGGCGGCGGCGGAGGAUCGAGCGGCGUGCUGCGGCCUCACUGUGCCCAGGAAGGGCAGCCUGAUCCUGGGGUGAACCCUGGCCCGCAGGCACCUGUGCUGUCUCUGGACCAGAUCAGGAUCACCGGGAGCAGCAACGAAUACACGGAGGGACCGACGGUGGGGGUCCUCGUGGCCCCCAGGCCCCCCGGGUCCUCGCCCGCCCAGCAGAAGAACGACUCGAUAGUGCCACCGGGCCCGGGCCGGACCAAUGUGCAGCCGGAGGCCACAAGGCCCGACCAGAGGGGCCCUCUCGCACAGCACCCGCAGCCCACACACUCCGCACCCCCCGCCACGGACGCGCCGUGCCCUUCUCCCGGCGCGGAGGGCUCCCGGAGCAGUCCCAGGACCAGCACGGGCAGCGCGUCUUCCGCCCAGCGCCUCCUGAGCAGCCCGGCGGGUGGCAAAAGGACAAUCAGGAGCCAGCCGAAACAGGCGGCGCUUAAACCGGAGGAGCUGAAGCCCCUGGCGUCCGCGGGGGCGGCGCCGGCCUGCGGCGAGGGGCUGUUCGAUAAACACGCCUGCCGCUGCAAGGACUGUGGUCGGUGCAAGUGCCGGGAGUGCGCGUUCCCGCGCAUCCUGCCCUCCUGCUGGAUGUGUGGCCAGCGCUGCAUCUGCUCGGCGCAGAACGCGGUUGACUACGGGACGUGUGUGUGCUGUGUGAAGGGUCUCUUCUACCACUGCUCCAGCGACAAGGAGGACACGUGCACGGACAAGCCCUUCUCCUGCGGCCAGUCGCACUGCUGCGUGCGCUGGACCGUCAUCGGCCUGCUGUCCCUGUUCCUGCCCUGCUUCCUGUGCUACCUCCCGGCCAAAGGGUGUCUCGCCGCGUGCCAGAGCUGCUACGACCGUGUCAAGCGACCGGGGUGCCGAUGUACGGAUGCCAACGUCGUCCACCGCAAAGGCGUCUACAGUAAGCCGACCUGAAAAUCAACCUGGGCGUCGUGGGAAUAACCGCGCGGCCUGACAGCCUGGGGCGGCUGAAGCAACUCACCGGAUCACGUUUCGGCGCCGUGGUCGGGAUGGGGGGUUGACUAGGCUGAGCUGUUUGACGUGGUUUGUGUGGUUGAUUUUUAUUUGUUUUAAAUCUCUGUUUUCUGCUAUGGUUCUUAAAUAGGGCGGCUUGAUCACCAAGUGCCCCCGUUUUGUGUUGUUAUAAUGAAAGUCCAGACUGUUAGCCCUAUUGACAUUUAAUACAACUGAUAUGCUAUGGACACACUCCUGACUAACUUGUUUGUGAAUAGUAAUUGCGAAAGUAUGUAUAUUAGCGAAUUACCUUCUGAGAUAUUUUAUUUUUGUAUAUAUAAUAUUUCAACUGUGAAAAGCAUUCUGCCAAACCAGAGGCACCUUGAUUAUAGAUCCAUAUAUAUUAUAUAAUACAAUGUAUAAUGUUGUACAUUCGUUGGAAUGUAUAUCAAUCAUAUUUUUUUUUUCUCAAUGUUUGCCUUACAAGAGACAAAAAUGUACGCAAAUCUUAUCCCUUCAACUUUACUUGUACAGUGACCCUAUAAGAAAAUCUUUAUUUUCUAAUUUCAACAUUGUUUAGUGUAAAGAAUAUUUAUUUGAAGUUUUAUUAUUUUAUAAAAAAAAUAUAUAUAUUUAUUUUGAAAAGCAUCUUAUGACCCCGUUCAAGUGCUCUACUGUUACUGCAAGGUAGUAAGACGAGGGUGUCAAAUCAGAUGCAUAUGUUCACUAUGAAAUAGAAAAAUAUAUUAACGUUUGAAAUUA